AUGCUCUGCAAGUCGGGCGGCAAGAGGGGGAGCUACGUGCGGACCUAUCUCCCCGUGCCGUUCGACGAGGCUAAGGCAGCCAACUAUAAGAUCCACUGCAACUUCUACGCCAAGUCGGGCGCGGACGGCGACUACACCUUCAAGUACAACGUCGACGAUUCCGCCCCGUACCACAUGGAGUCGGUGCUCGGCCUCCUCGACCUCAACCUCCCCACCGACGAAGGAGUGUCUACGUGCCGCGCGAUCAACAGGCCGGCUGGAAGCUGGCGGCUCUCUGGCGCGAAGAAGCGCGCCCUGACGGUGACGCUCACACGCAAGGGCGGGACGCUUGGAAUCUCUGUCGACCCCAACAACCACCAAAUCACCAACGUGGUCGAGGGUGGCGCUGGCGACACCGCCGGGCUUUGCGUGGGCGACUUCAUCGCCGAGGUCAACGGCAAGUCGACGACCGGCGGCUCCUUUGGCAAGCUGCUGCCUGCUGCAGCGACGGCGGAGAUUAGGCUGCGGCUCAUCCGAGUGCAGGCUGCCAUGAUCGGCAAGAAAGUCUCCGCGCUAAAGGCGGCGACCAAGGCCGUACACUCCCUGACCAAGAAGGCGAAGCAAGCGAUGCAGUCGCCCGAGGCGGUCGCGGCCGAGAUGCAGGUCGACAUAGACGAGCUCGGAUCUGGUGCGCCGGUCAGCCGCCACCACUGUCGCUGGUGCGGCGACGUGUACUGCGCGACCCACUCCUCAGAGCGUCGGAGGGUGCGCAACGGAGAGGUCGAGAAGGUGUGCGACUUGUGCGCCAUUCUGCUCGGCGGCGUGAAGGAGAUCAGUAACCGAGAAGCAGCCGGAUCCCCUGCCCGAGUUCCAGAUCCCCUGCCCGAUCCCCUGAACGAACCAAUCAGAGAGGUGAACUGUGUAUGCGAGAUGGACUUGCACCGCGCCACUCAGGACGGCGACCCGUCCCGGAUCGACCCGUUCGUCAUGCUCAGCACCGAGUGCGCUCCCCUUCUCAGCCCUGAGCUCGGCUGCCGCGCUGCCAUCGCCCUCCUCUCGCUGCUUGCGGCGAGUCACCUGUGGAAGGUGCUCCUCUGGGCGGUCGCUUCGGCCAGCAUCAACGCUGCCGCCAUCCUCGCGCUCCUCACGCCAACCUCGCGCGAGCAGCUGCACGAGCAGGCGCCAUGCGCCUCCUCACUGAGCCCCCUCGUGGACUGGGCACGUGUGGUCCUCGCCGGCGGCGACGCCUGCCUCGCCGCCCUCUGCCUCGGUCUCGCGAUGCGGCUCCUACAUGCACAUCCGCCGUCGGCCCUCGACGGGCUGUGCGCGCUGGGGGACGCGGGCUGCCUCGCCUACACAGCCACUCAAAACACGCGCCAGUUGCUUCUCCUCGCGCGCGCCCGCGCCCAGCGAGGCAACUAUGUGGAACUCACAGAGCUAGAGUGAAGCCGGCGCCCAGUGGCACGUUGGAACGUGUGGAACGGCCCGACGUUGUCAUGCGAUUCUUUAUGCUGAGUA